AUGGACGAAGAGGCGAAUCUUCAACUGCACCCGGCGACGCUCGACACGGGCCAUGGCGCCACCACCCCCAGUGUUCCCAAGCCGCAGCCCACCUCCUCAGUCGCGGGUGCGAUACCCAUGACGAUGCCUUCGAUCCUACGCAACGGCUCCUCCCAAGCCAACCACCUUUCGUACCUACUCCAUCCUCGUGCAUCCUCCUCUUCCUAUCCACCCUCACGCAACACGCGCACGCGUUUGCCGGCGAAAGAACCGCAACAGGGACGUCGCAAACAGCGUCGAUCCGAGAACGCCCGCUUGCUGGCCAACCCGCAUGCCGUACGACCGACGAUCAAGGACUAUCGAUUGCACUCGAAUGAGAUCCGUUCGACGUUUCCAGCGACCGUCGCUAAGAAGGAGCUUAACCUCCCCGUUCCCUCCUCCAGCAGAGUGGGAUACAGCGAGCCGACGCACGAUGCCAAGGGGGCGAACGAGGGACAUUUUGGCUCUAGUCUCAAGGAUGCCCAGCGUGUGCUGAGACGGUUGGAGGUGGGAGGAGUGGAUCGGAUGGUGAGGGACGGUACAGCGGGAGAGCUGGAACGCUUCAUUUGGCUGGUCGAGCGCGAGAUACGGGUUUGGUCCGAAGGCGAGGUGCACGUCUUCUCCCCCUCAACGUCGGAUCGAAAGGAGGGACGAGUUUUGCUCGAUACCGCAUUCGACUUCACCACUCCCCCCUUCGACGGAGGGUCAGCGGGAGAGGUACCCGUGGUGUCACUGGACACGAUCAAGUCCGGCCAGGGAGGACAGCUGAUCGAGUUCCAACGAACACCCAAUGCGCUGGUGUGGUUGGUGCACGAUCCAUUUCUGCGGUUAAUCGUACAUUGCUUGGCGCGAGUCAGCAAAUGCCCCUCGUUCAGCAAGGACGAUCUCAGCCGACCGGGUUUACGUUUCACCUGGGUGCUCAAUCGCAACCCUCUCUCGCGGCGCAGUCGGCGUGGCAGGCGAGUGUCCGUCUCGAGCUCCACCGUCGACGUCGUGCCCCCGCCGAGACCGGUGCUCGGGUUGGGAGCGCUGGAAACACCCCCAACGACCGAUUUCGAUUCUCAAACGGAAAGCGAGGUGGGGGUGGACACGGAUGCCGAGAGUUUGGGUGGGUCCAUGGUCAUCGUCCCCCCAUCAGAGGAGAGCUUGGAAGCGGAUACGGAGCGAAUGUUGAGCCUGGAAGAUCGGGGAGAGGAGGCGGUGGAUACGGACGAAGAGGAGGCCGAGAUUCUGAGGAGGGUGAGGCGGUGGGCGAUCGACAGUCAUCGACAGCGUAAAGAGCGGCAGGAAGGGGAGAGUAGGGAGGCGUCACCGCUGGGAGUGAGGGAGAGUAGAUCGACGAGAGGAAAAACCAGCAGAAGCGAUGCGAUAGAUCCAGAUGCGACGCUGACGGCGGACGCGAUUGCUGAAGAGGACAGUGAAGAGGAGGACGAGGACGAGGUGCUUUCCCUCAGCGAUGGGUAG